UGGCCGUGCUUCCUGGCUAGAGAAGUGGCUUCCCGGCUAGAGAAGUGACUUCCGCCGUGUCGUGGAGCCAUGAAGGUUGUGAAUCUCAAGCAGGCCAUCCUGCAGGCGUGGAAGGAGCGAUGGAGCGACUAUCAGUGGGCUAUCAACAUGAAGAAGUUCUUCCCUAAGGGAGCCACUUGGGACAUCCUCAAUCUGGCAGAAGCCCUGCUGGAGCAGGCCAUGAUCGGACCGUCCCCCAACCCUCUCAUUCUGUCGUACCUGAAGUAUGCCAUCAGCUCCCAGAUGGUGUCUUACUCGACAGUACUCACAGCCAUCAGCAAGUUUGAUGAUUUUUCCCGUGACCUCUGUAUCCAGGCCCUGUUGGAUAUCAUGGACAUGUUUUGUGACCGACUAAGUUGUCAUGGCAAGGCAGAGGAGUGCAUAGGUCUGUGCCGUGCCCUCCUCAGUGCCCUUCAUUGGUUGCUUCGAUGCACAACUGCCUCAGCAGAGCGACUUCGGGAGGGCCUUGAGAUGGGGGCCACAACAGGGGAGAAACAGCUCACCAGGUGUCUUCAGCAACUUAAGAAGAUCCUCAGCAGCACCAAGAAUCGAGCCCUGCUACAUGUCGCCAAACUGGAGGAAGUCUCCUCCUGGACAGCCAUUGAGCAGUCAUUAUUGAAGCUUGGGGAGACCUUUGCCAGCCUUAGCAAUUCCCAUCUCCAGAGUCAAGCAGAAGAAUGUGGAGUACUGAUUAGAAGCAUCCCUAUCAUGCUGUCUAUGCACUCAGAGCAGCUGCACAAGACUGGGUUCCCCACAGUGCAUGCUGUGGUCCUCCUGGAGGGCACCAUGAAUCUGACAGGAGAGAUGCAGCCAUUGGUUGAACAGCUGAUGAUGGUGAAGAGGAUGCAGCGUAUUCCCACCCCUCUCUUUGUCCUGGAGAUCUGGAAAGCUUGUUUUGUGGGUCUCAUUGAAUCCCCUGAGGGCACUGAGGAGCUCAAGUGGACAGCCUUCACUUUCCUCAAGAUUCCUCAGGUUUUGGUGAAACUGAAGAAAUACCCUCAGGGGGACAAGGACUUCACUGAGGAUGUGAAUUGUGCCUUUGAGUUCCUGCUGAAGCUCACACCCUUGCUCGACAAGGCUGACCAUCGGUGCAACUGUGAUUGUAUCAACAUGCUGCUCCAGGAGUGUAGUAAACAAGGACUGCUCUCUGAGGUGAACAAAGAGAGCCUGAUGGCCAAGCGUGUAGCUGACCGAGACCAAUCCCCCUGGCUGAAAUCAGCUGAAAAUGCCAACAUCCAGCCCAAUCCGGGGCUGAUUCUUCGAGCAGAGCCCACAGUCACUAACAUUCUCAAGACAAUGGAUGCAGAUCACUCCAAGUCCCCAGAAGGACUGUUGGGGGUUCUUGGCCACAUGCUUUCUGGGAAGAGCCUGGAUUUGCUGUUAGCUGCUGCUGCUGCCACUGGAAAACUCAAGUCCUUUGCCCGAAAAUUCAUUAGCUUGAAUGAAUUCACGAAGAACAUCAGUAAUGAAAACUCCAAAGCAGCUUCAGUCCGUGCUCUGCUCUUUGACAUCUCCUUCCUCAUGUUGUGCCAUGUGGCCCAGACCUAUGGUUCAGAGGUCAUUCUGUCAGAAUCAAGCACUGUGGGUGAAGUGCCUUUCUUUGAGACCUGGAUGCAGACAUGUAUGCCUGAGGAGGGCAAGAUCCUGAAUCCUGACCACCCCUGCUUCCGGCCUGACUCUACCAACGUGGAAUCCCUGGUUGCCCUGCUCAACAACACCUCUGAAAUGAAGCUAGUGCAGAUGAAGUGGCAUGAGGCCUGUCUCAGCAUCUCAGCUGCCAUCUUGGAGAUUCUGAAUGCCUGGGAGAAUGGAGUCCUGGCUUUUGAGUCCAUCCAGAAAAUCACAGACAACAUCAAGGGAAAGGUGUGCAGCCUGGCAGUGUGUGCCGUUGCUUGGCUUGUGGCCCAUGUCCGUAUGCUGGGCCUGGACGAACGUGAGAAAUCACUUCAGAUGAUUCGCCAGCUGGUCGGGCCUCUCUGCAGUGAGAAUACCCUACAGUUCUACAGUGAGAGGGUGGUGAUCAUGAGCUCAAUUCUGGAGCACAUGUGUGCUGAUGUUCUACAGCAGACAGCCACACAGAUCAAGUUCCCAUCUACCGGCAUGGAUACGAUGCCCUAUUGGAACCUCCUGCCCCCCAAAAGACCUAUCAAGGAGGUGCUGACAAGCAUCUUUGCAGAGGUUCUGGAGAAGGGCUGGGUGGAUAGCCGGUCCAUCCAUGUCUUUGACACCCUGCUGCAUAUGGGUGGUGUUUACUGGUUCUGCAACAACUUGGUCAAGGAGCUGCUGAAGGAGACUCGAAAGGAGUAUACCCUUCGAGCUGUGGAGCUGCUCUACUCCAUCUUCUGCCUAGACAUGCAGCAAGUCACCCUGAUCCUGCUGGGCCACAUCCUUCCUGGCCUUCUCACAGACUCUGCCAAAUGGCAUAGCCUCAUGGAUCCCCCGGGCACAGCCCUGGCCAAGCUGGCAGUGUGGUGUGCCCUGAGCUCAUACUCCUCUCACAAGGGUCAGGCAUCUUCCCGACAGAAGAAAAGACACCGUGAGGACAUUGAAGACUACAUCAGCCUCUUCCCCCUGGAUGAUACGCAGCCAUCAAAGCUGAUGCGACUUCUGAGUUCCAAUGAGGAUGAUGCCAAUGUUCUCUCUAGCCCCACUGACAGGUCCAUGAGCAGUUCCCUCUCAGCCUCUCAGAUGCACACAGUCAAUAUGAGAGACCCUUUGAACCGAGUCCUUGCAAACCUGUUCCUGCUCAUCUCCUCGAUCUUGGGGGCCAGGACGGCAGGCCCUCACACCCAGUUUGUGCAGUGGUUCAUGGAGAAGUGUGUGGACUGCCUGGAGCAGGGCAGCCGAGGCAGCAUCCUGCAGUUUAUGCCUUUCACCACUGUGAGUUGUGGGACAGAGGCGAGGGAUGGCAGGUGUGGGGGCCCCGUGCUGCCCCUUAGGGCACUGUCCUCCAUCUCACACAUCCCACUGAGAUGGAUGAGGAGAGAGCUGGCAGCUCUGCUCUUUGGUGUGGGGGAGUGAAUUUGGGGAGGUGUGGGCCUUGUACCCCCAGCACUCACAGAGGGGAUAAGGAUUAUCUGGGAUGAGACAUUUGUGCAGUUUCCAAAUCGUUCCUUUGAUUUCCAGUCUAAGACUUCUCUGAGCCUUUUUUAUAAUGUCCACUCCUUGACUUUGUUGUUGUUAUUGUUCAGUC